AUGGCUGCCCCCAUUGUCCUCAAAGGUGGCUGCGCAUGCUCCAAAAUUCGCUACACCAGUACCGCAAUGCCCGAGUGGGUUCAGAACUGCCUCUGUAUAACUUGCCGCAAGGCUUCUGGAGCACCGUAUCAAACCUUUGCCGGCUACUUCCUCCGCAGUUCUGUGACCUGGAUCACAGAACCGCCCAAGUACUACAGAUCCAGCGACUUUGCUAAACGUGGAUUUUGCGAUGGAUGCGGCUCUAGCUUGACAUUUGAGAUGGAUGCAUUUCCAGAUAACAUUUCGCUAGCAGCUGGAUCAUUUGAUGAUUGGGAUAUUGUAGGAGGUCACAAUGCGCUUACCAAACCGGGAGGCUAUAUCUAUGUCAAGCAGAAACCCGUUUGGUUUGAUUUGCCCAAUGACGGGUUGGAGAGGUUCGAGGAACUUCCACCGGAGGCCCAAGCUGAAAAGGACAGUCAAGCUCAAGCAAAGUAA